UUCAAUUAUUAGCGACGUUUGGGAGGGUGAUGCAUGAUUUUCGUUGUAGCGUCACUUUGUUCAGUAAAGUUUAGCAAAAGUUGGGCUUUAAUUUUGGAAGAAGUAAUAAGUUAUGGUUAUUUAUUGUUGUUUAGCAAAUGCAAAAUUAUAAAUAUAUUUAAAUAUAUAAGGUCAAUAGAUUAACAAAGUGAUUGGUUAUACCAGUUAUUAUUGUCCCCUUGUUUUCACAAUUUUGGAAUCUAGUCCUCUGAAAAAAUAACGAUAGACGAUAUAUUCAAUUAUGUCUGCGAAACGUAAAGUUGGUGGAAGUGGUAAUGGACCUAACAAGCGCCGCCCUAAGAAACAGGAGAUUGAAGAGGACUUUAGUGAUGCUUCUAGUGACGAAGCCCAAUCUACCUCAAACCAAGUGGAAGUUUUAAUUCCCAAUGACGAUUUGGAACCACCUACCAAGUUACCCGAAGAUCUUCUGUUAUCUCUAGAUAAGACUCCUGGCAAAUUGUUGAUUGCUGGAAUGGUAACAUGGGACUUAACAGGAAAACGGGAUCGGAAAAAUGUAGUUAAAGUGCGCCCUAAUCUUUAUAAUUUUCAUCGUUUUUCUGAUGAAAUGUACCGCUACUGUGUUACUGGUCCAAGCUCCGCUCAUACACUACUUAUUAAUAUGAAUCGCAAAGCUCUAGCAUUUGGUCGUAAUCCUUCAGGACAGUUAGGUUUAUCCGAUGUAAAAAUAUGUGAAAUUCCGACGCUGGUUCCAGGAUUAGAGAAAUUUAAUAUUGUUCAAGCUGCAUGUGGUCGACAUCAUUCCCUCUUUUUGACUGACGCAGGUAGAGUUUACGCCUGUGGUGAAAAUAAGUCUGGCCAAUGUGGUAUUGGAAACACACUUCCAGUAGUAAAUAAGCCAACUCCGAUAAAUUAUGUAGGAUCUCCAAUUAUUCGCAUUGGUUGUGGGGCUGAAUUUUCCGUGAUCCUCGAUAUUAAAGGAAAUUUGUAUACAUUUGGUUUACCUGAAUAUGGCCAACUGGGACAUAACACAGACGCAAAAUACUUUGUUAAUGCCAACAAAUUGUCAUUCCACUUUGAAACAUCGCCUAAAAAGGUUGUAUUAUAUAUUGAAAAGAAUAAGGAAGGACACGUUACACCCGUGGACAAUGUUCAAGUUGUGGAUUUUGCUUGCGGCAAUAAUCAUACGGUGGCAAUUGACUCGAAGAAGCGCGUGUAUAGUUGGGGAUUCGGUGGUUUUGGUCGUUUGGGCCAUGCUGAGCCAAAAGAUGAAAUGGUACCCCGUUUAAUAAAAUAUUUUGACACUCAAGGCCGUGGUGCCCGUAAUGUAUACUGUGGUGCAACUUUUAGUCUCAUUGUCAAUGAACUAGGUGUCCUUUUCUUAUUUGGACAAAACAAAAAGACUGGAGAAGCAAACAUGUACCCGAAACCUGUGCAGGAUUUAUCGGGUUGGAACAUCACCGAUAUUGGUUGUGGAAACACUUCGAUUAUUAUUUCCGCUGAUGAUACCUUAAUCGCAUGGGGUGCUUCACCAACUUAUGGUGAAUUAGGCCUUGGUGAAUUCCAAAAGUCUUCGACUAUCCCUAAGGAAGUGCCCAAAAUGGAUAAUAUAAAAAUACCUCAGGUUGCUGUUGGUUAUUCUCAUACCGUUUUACUUGUUGAUACUGAUCACGAGCCAACAAAACUCAAGUAUGAAAAACUGCCAGAAUAUACCAUCGAUAAUUGAACAGAGUAAAUUUAAUUGUAGUUGUUGACCUUCAUACUACCCCUCAUGCAUUUAUGAUAGAAAUAUUAGCUCGGUGAUAAUUUUACAUCGCGCCUUGAGAGUUUAAAGAAGUAAUUCAAUAAAAAAAAUAUUAAUAAAGUAGAUAUAUUUACAUGUAAGUAGAUUUACUAAGUUCCCGGCCACUAACGUUAUCUGUACACUCGUAAAACAUAAUAUCAUUAACUUUUUUGCAAUUGUAUUGCUUUGCAUUUCUAAUAUCUACAUUUAUAAAACGGGUUUGUAAAAGAUGUACGAUAAAUCUGCAGUAAAUUUUCUUUUAUAUCGGAACUCCACUACAUACUUAUUUAGAAAUAAGUUUAAUAAAGUUAAGAAUCAGUGUCACUGUUUUAUA